AAGGACAAGAGAGAGCCCAUCCAUUGCCUCAAAUGCCAGAAAUUCAGCCACUUUGCCAAGGACUGCAAGGCCAACCACAACACCUGUGGAACAUGUGGAGCCAAACACAGAACAUCGAAAUGCAAGUCCUGCAAGAUGUACUACUGUGUGGCUUGCGACACUCCAGACCAUGCCAGCUCUGACCAGGAAUGCCCAGAAUUUGUCAGGAAAUGUGCAGACCUCGACAGCAGGACCCCUGAUAAUGCUAUGCCAUACUUC